AUGAACCACUGGACAGCAAAGUUUCGUCAAGGCCGAAGCUCAAUGGAUGACAACCUACCUGUGGACGCCUGUGUGCCAUUCAUUUAUCCACACAGUAGCGGGAGCUGGUGCUUCGCUAUUCAUCCAAACCAAGAUCUCGUCUGCCUACAGCCCGUUAACGCAGGCACUGUCGGCUAUUAUAGGGAGAAUCCGUACUUUAUAGAAGACUUCUGCAUGGUCGAUUAUGCGAUCGGGAUGCGCGGCUUUCCUAAUUUGGCGCUCGAAUACGAUCCUAGUUGGUGCGAUGGUCUUGACGAGAUUAGGAACCCGAAUGUUCUAUUUGAAGAGAUGAGUCCUCGAGGUCUUUUCGUACGCAUCAUAGUCUGGAUGGUCGAAAGUUAUUCACGUAACCAAACGCUAUAUCUUAUCGAUUACAAUUUGAAGCGAACCAGGACCGAAGACAGUCAUGCCUUGUCAAACAAACGAAAAGUUUUCAGCAGUAUUGAUCGAAGAUUUGUCGAAGCCAGCCCGAACUGGGGUGAUUAUUCCGACACUUGGAGUCGUUCAGCACUCGAGUUCGUAGAUAGAAUCAACGAUCUAUUCGGCGGCAUCAACCCCACACAUUUUUGUUUAGGGCAUGGUUUUGAAGGCGAUUUUGGGUGCAAUGGAUGCGAUACUUGGGAAAAAUGGGGCUGGUACAACAUCUGGGUUCAUGCUGAGGUUCUAGAAUGCGAGAAGGCCGAGUAA